ACCGUGGUCCAGGUACGUGGAGGCCGCACAGCCGCGCAUACUACCAACCAGACGAUCGAUCGAUCACUGUGCAUCCAAAUUUGCGCCUUCAAUUCGAUUUCUCUAUCAGGUGCCAAACUACCCAGCUAUAUCGAUGUAUGUGUAAUGUGUGUAUAAUACAAUGUGUAAUAAAUAUAUAUGGAACUCCAUAUCACGCCCUACAAUCUUGUGCCUGCAAUACUGCAUCCCUAUUCCCCUCCUCCCUCGGUUCGUUCUGUUCCGCUGCUACUGCCGCGCCGCCGGCGACGUGAGCUCGCGACGACGACGACAUGAGCUCGGUGGUGAAGCUCGGGACGUGGGGCGGCGACGGCGGCAGCGCCUGCGACCUCACGGUGGCGCCGCAGCGGCUGGAGAGCAUCACCGUCCGCUGGGGCAAGGUCAUCGACUGGAUCUCCUUCUCCUACCGUGACCGGAGCGGGGAGCUCCACACCGCCGGGCCCUGGGGCGGCAACGGCAAAGGCGAGGGCACCGAGACGAUCUCGCUGGAGCCGUCGGAGUAUGUGACGGGAGUUGCGUGGUCAGUGGGCCCAUUCACGUUCAAGAACGUGGAGUGUUGCAUCACCUCCAUCAAGGUCAUGAGCAACCUCCGGAGCUACGGGCCUUUCGGCCAUGGGGUAGACAGCACGCACCACAGUCUGCCCGUGCUCGACGGCAGCGCCGUCGGCAUGUUCGCCCGCGCAGGGGAUUUUCUCGACGCCAUCGGCUUCUACAUCCUCCCAGCUGCUGUAAAACCUACGGACCCUAAUAACCAGGAAGAAAAAGAGAAGGACUCUAGCCAAGAAGGAAACCAAGAGGAGAAGGGGGAGCAAUCUGACCAAGAAGUAAAAGAGAAGGACUCUAGCCAUGAAGGAAAGGAGAAUGGAAAAUCGUAAUUGUAGUUUGUUUUCUAGAGAAGGAAACGUAAAGCUUGCCGGUUCUGUCGUUUGUGGGCUCUUAUCAUUCCCUUAUGUCUUGUCUAAAGAUAUAUCUUCUAUGAACAGAAAAAAGAAUAAGUAUUUUUAUUUGAUCUUGA